UCAGUCUGAAAUGUAUUGCAGAAGAAGAAGUUAGGGGAAACCAAACAUGGCAGAAAAUAAAGAAGGUAGUUCUGAAUUACAAGAAUCUUCUAAAGAUGAAACCUCUGAAAACUCCUCAUCUCAAUUCACACAGGACCUUAAAAGUGUCUUGGUUACCAGCGUGUUGAACCUUGAAAUGCUCGACGUAGACCUCUACAGAGGGACACACCACUGGGUGCCUCGCGGUCAGCGUUUGUUUGGGGGUCAGAUAGUUGGCCAGGCCCUCGUCGCUGCUGCCAAAUCUGUCAACGAUAACCUCUUUGCCCACUCUCUCCACUGCUACUUUGUCCGAGCGGGGGACCCGAAGGUGCCGGUGCUGUACCAAGUGGAACGCACAAGAGACGGUCGCAGUUUCACGGUGCGCUCCGUGAAGGCCAUCCAGCAUGGACAGCCUAUCCUCAUCUGCCAAGCCUCAUUCCACACGCUGCAGCCGAGCCCCCUGCAGCACCAGUUCACCAUGCCCGGGGUCCCUCAGCCUGAAGACCUCCUCACUGUAGAGGAGCUCAUUCAUCUUUAUCUCAGCAAACCGGACAUUGCAGAAAAUGCAAAACAAGGCCUCAACAAACUGCUGGCUAAUGAGGUCCCGAUUGAGGUCAAGCCGGUCAACCCACCGCACUUUUACAGACUCUCUGCAGCUGAGCCAAAGCAGCUGUUCUGGGUGCGAGCACGAGGACAUAUUGGUGAAGGCAACAUGAAGCUGCAUUGCUGCGUUGCUGCGUAUGUGUCAGACUAUGCUUUCCUGGGCACAGCGCUGCUGCCUUAUCCAAACUACAGAGCCAAGUUCUCCGCUUCCCUGGACCACGCCAUGUGGUUUCACAGCACUUUCCGCACAGACGAAUGGAUGCUAUACGAGUGUGAGAGCCCAUGGGCAGGGGGCAGCAGAGGGCUGGUUCAAGGCCGACUGUGGCGAAGAGAUGGGGUGCUGGCUGCCUCAUGUUCUCAGGAGGGAGUCCUGAGAGUGAAACCAGUCAUGGAGCCUAGCAAACUAUAAACACAUUCCAAAAAUGUAUAUUUUUAUAAUUUAUUUGUAAAACUUAGAUUUUAUUUUUGAUUAAGUCAUGCAAUUCAUAAUUUAACAAUAGAUCAAUGCUAGUUUUAUUAAGACAUGUAUGGACUUAAUCAAUUGUGAAUGUUAGGAUGAAUGAUUGCAUGUUUUUGAACAUUAUGAGAAAAAAUAUUUAAUGCAUCAUUAACCCUUUUAAUAAAGAGCUAAUAUUCAAGCCA